AUGGUGCUACUCCUCAUCUCCAUUCGAUGCGAGCUUGAGAAUCUAACCAAACUGCGGCCUGGGUCAGAUGAUUUUACAUACUACAUGAAACUCAGAUGUUCCUGUGGCGAAGUGAGUGCGAAAGAGUCGUCGGUGACUAAAGGGGAGGAGUACGAGAUGAAAGGCAGCCGCGGCACUGCCAAUCUCGUUCAGAAGUGCAAUCUCUGCAGCCGCGUGGGAUCUAUUUCAUUAGUAGAAGGGCAUGGUAAACCCUUCACUGCAGAAGAUUGUGAGAACAGGAAGUUCGUCCCUCUAGUUUGCCUGGACUGCAGAGGAAUGGAGCCAGUGGAAUUUAUUCCCAAGGACUGCUGGCAUGCGGAGGGGGCAGAGUCUGGUACCAAGUUUGAAGACAUUGACUUGAGCGAUCAGGAGUUCUCAGACUAUGACGAGAAGGCAGGAGAGUCUGUGAGCAUCCUCAAUUUUGAGUCUCAAAUAAAGGUGAUGAAGAAGUAG